GCCCCCCUCGCCCCGCGCGGCGCCACCGCCAACUGUCGCGCGAGUGACGGUUGGGGAAGGCUGUGGUUCUGGGGAAGGCUGUGGUUCUGAGGCUCGGCGGGGAAACCUUAGCCGACUGCUCCACCCACGGUGCUCGACGCCCAAAGCCUGGGAUUAAGAGUCUGGAGUUGGCGCCGCACCCGGCCAGGUGUGCAGGGCUAGCCAGCGUGGUAGACGCCCAUCAAUAACCCCGCGUGAUGUCCUCCUGGACGCUGGGGGCGCUGUGGCCCGCUUGGCCCGACACCCUGACGUCCUUCCAGGCCGGCGGCCGUCUCGCCGUGCUCCGGCAGCCAUGGCCGUCGCCUUCGCCUUUCGCAGUCUGUGCCGGGCGCAACUCGCACCGCGCGGCCUGCGCGCCGGGCCGCUCUGGACCCCACGGCGCUGGCACCGGCUCUCCCCCGCAGACGACGAGCUGUACCAGCGGACGCACAUCUCUCUGCUGCAGCGCGAGCUCCCGCACGCCAUGUAUAUAGAAAGCUACAGCAUCCGCGGCUUCACGGUCAGUGGAAGCCGAGUUCUGGGGCCGUGCGCCCUGCUCCCGAACUCCGUGCUGCAGUGGAACGUAGGAUCCCACUGGGACAUCACCGAAGAGAGCUUCUCCCUCUUCUGGAUGCUGGAGCCCAGGAUAGAGAUCGUUGUCGUGGGCACUGGAAACAGGACCGAGAGGCUGCAUUCCCCGGUGCUGCAGGCCAUGAGGCAGCGGGGCAUUGCCGUGGAAGUGCAGGAUACGCCCAAUGCCUGUGCUACCUUCAAUUUCCUGUGUCAUGAAGGCCGAGUGGUGGGAGCUGCUCUCAUCCCCCCACCUGGAGAGAGUUCACUGACUCCAGAAUGAACUCCCAGGAACCUAUCCGUUGUCCAUGACGGCACUGGCACUGGCGGAGCCUACACUGACCUCUCCCCCUUUGGCACUCUGUAACAUUGUUAUGCUUGCCAGGAUAACUUAUACAUCUUAUUUUGUAUCCGG